ACACACAUCAUGGCGUCGACCGUGGAUGGUGGAAAUGGCUCUGUGUCCGAUUCUCGUCUCCCAUCCUCGGCAAAUUCGAGCUAUGAAGGUUCAACUUUUCAGUACAGCAUGCUCUUGGAGCACCUCGUCGGGGAGAAGAGGCCGAUUAAAGAUCUUAAUCCGACCGUGAUGGGGGGUCUUCCCAAUCCCAUGAAAACCGACGACCAGAAGAUGAUCGAACGAGGAAUGGAGAGCUGUGCCUUCAAGGCGGUGUUGGCAUGUGUUGGAGGGUUUGUUCUUGGGGGAGCAUUUGGUGUGUUCACAGCUGGUAUAGACACCAAUGUAGGAUUUGACCCUAAAGACCCCAUGAAAACACCCUCAGCCCGAGAGGUCCUCAAAGACAUGGGCCAGAGGGGGAUGUCCUAUGCCAAAAACUUUGCUGUCAUUGGGGCAAUGUUCUCCUGCACGGAGUGCAUCAUUGAAUCGCACCGGGGAAAGUCAGACUGGAAGAACGCUGUCUACAGUGGUUGUGUUACUGGGGGAGCCAUAGGAUUCCGAGCUGGGGCAAAGGCUGGAGUGCUAGGAUGUGGAGGCUUUGCUGCCUUCUCUGCUGCCAUUGAGUACUAUCUCCGGUGAAAACCUGGGGACCUUCUUUUCCUCUGUGGAUUAUGGUUGCGGGAUCACUGUCCCGAAAACAGACAUUAGACCUUAUGGAAAGAAACACAUAAGGACACCGAAGUGCAGAUGCAGAUUCCGAUCACGAGGAUUAUCAACAGCUGAACAGUUCCACACUGGUCUUGGUGACCUUGACUGGAUCCUGGGCACGGUACACUUACGUGAUGUCAUACUGGGGGGCCAGGCCAGAUUUAUGUGGCCCACAGGGUAUGCUGGCUUUGCCUUUGUCUAAAAGUUGAACUUCAUUGAGAUGAUUCUGUUAUCAUAAUGAUCAGUCCAUGUAUUGUGGUUGCAGCAAAACGCAAGCUUUUUGCUGUUGUGGGAAAAUCUGGAUGCAUUUUCACAGGCAGCCAAAUGCUGAUCUAUUGACUAAUUAUUGUCAGGAUUGCUGACCUGAUUAGUCAAAUGUUGCAGUUUGUCAAAUAAAGAUCUGCUGGUUGCGUAGUGACAUUG